AUGCUUUGCACCGUCCUCCAGCUGUUGGACCAUGCUAUCACCACCCUCGCCCACUCACAUUCACAGUGUAAAUCAACCCCUGGAUCUCACACUUGGCCUAGCUCCCACGAAUGGGACAGACUCAAUAACUCCAUCUCUGGUCGACUUCUCCAGCCCCCUCCUCCUGGUGCAGUCUGCCACCCCUCCCAGCCUACUUACGACCCCUCUCUUUGUCCCAGCGUAGUAGCAGGCUGGAACACCUCCAAAUGGCAAUCAGAUGACCCCAUCAGUUCAAUGGGCAAUAAUUUCAACAACGAUACUUGCCUCCCUGACCCUAACGUACCGUGUAGCGGGGAAGGAUAUCCGGUUUAUGUUGUAAAUGCAACUUGUGCCGACGACGUGAAGAAAGGGGUGGAUUUUGCGAGACAACAUAAUAUUCGAUUGAUUGUAAAGGGAACAGGACAUGAUUAUUUGGGAAGGUCCGUUGCUCCAAAUUCCCUCUCGAUAUGGACACUCCAUAUCUCCGGGCUCUCUUUCCAAGACGGCUUCCAGCCAAAGGGAUGUAAGUUCUCAAUUGAUGGAGCAGCAGUCACUGCUGCAGCUGGAACUCAAAUGCUCGAGAUCGACUACAAAGCUCAUUUGAAAAAUCUCACUAUUGUUGGUGGCGGAGCUGGCACGGUGGGAGUAGGUGGUUACUUGACUGGCGGUGGACAUUCGGCUUUCAGCUCAACCUACGGACUUGCUGCUGACCAAGUCCUCGAGAUGGAGAUUGUAACUCCAGGUGGAGAGAUCUUGAUUAUUAAUGAAUGCCAGAACGCCGAUUUAUUCUGGGCAACGAGAGGAGGAGGAGGCUCAACAUUCGGCGUCAUUACCUCCGUGACCUUCAAAGCCUACCCCUCCAUGCCCAUCAUAACAGCAACCGGGCUCCUUGCUGCUUCACCCGGAACAGACGCCUUCUGGGACGUAUUCGCGAAAGUCCUCUCCCAGUGUCCCGCUUGGGACGACCAAGGCAUAAUGAACUACGGCUUCGUGGCUCGCAAUUUCUCAGGCCAAUUCGGCCUCACUGCCCCCGUUGAUGCAUACGUCGCCUACUUCAUUAUGCCAGUGCUCCAUCCGGAAAACACAACCGACUCCUUUACUGCGGCAAUCAAUAAAGUCUUCGAUGAAGCAACCGCUGGGGCUCCCAUUGAGUUCCAAAGGGCGGUUUCCCCGCAGACGUACCCUGAUUUCUGGGCUUGGUACAAUGUCAACAAUGGACCCUUGGAUGCUGGUUAUGACCAAUACCUUGGAUCCCGAUUAUUGGAUGAAAAGGCGUUGACACACAAUCUGACAGCGCUUGCAGAAGCGUUCAGGGCUGCGACUCCCUUGGGAGGUGUGACGAGUGUUUACUUGGUAGGUGGGCAUGGGGUGAUAAAUGCGAAGCCAAGGGGUGGAAGUAAUGCUGUUAAUUCGGCUUGGAGGAAGGCUUAUGUCCAUUCAGUGAUUGGGGUGGGUUGGGAACCAUUUGAUGAAGCAGAGAAAGCCAAGCAGACAGACCUUCUGAAUAAUGUGUAUACUGAGGCGUUGAGAAAGCUUGCCCCGGACAUGGGCGCGUAUGUGAACGAGGCAUAUACUUAUGAACCCAACUUCCAACAAACUUUCUGGGGUACUAACUAUCCUCGCUUGUUGGAAAUCAAGAGGAAGGUUGAUCCCCAUGAUGUAUUUUGGUGUCAUCCAUGUGUUGGUAACGAGAGGUGGAAAGAAGUUGACAAUAUGCUUUGCAAGGUGUAA